AUGCCUUUGGAAUCAGCAGAGCAAAACACCACAAAGCCAGCCAAGCCGAAGGAAGACAAACUCGACCCGAAGCUAGUGGGCAUGUCUGUUGGUGUCAAGAACCUCUAUGCUGGCAAGGAAGAUCGCAGAGGUCGCUUCCAGUGGCAGGAGACGAUACCAGAGGAUCUUGUACCACCCGCUGAGAACGCCGAGACUCAAAAAUGGGCCUUCAUCGCGAGAUACAUCAAGGUCUACGGCGAUCCUCGUCGUACGCUGGCGUUGCACUCGAUUGUCAUCCAGUCGCCAUUGCUCAAGAAAGUUCUUCAGGAUGUUCUAGCAGACUACCCAAACGUCACCGUGGGCCUGCAAAGACUGGAAUUCAGUGGAAAGUUUGAGUGUCUGAUUCAUCGCUUUCCUGAGCUUGACUCGAAAAUUGAGAAGCUCCAACAUGAAACGGAAUUGAGCUUGAAGCACACCCAAAUUCUGCGCGAUCUUUUGUUCGACGAAUUCCAAGUCCUCAUUGAAUCCUCACGCGACAUGAAAGCACAAGGAGUCAUGACAUACGAGGCUCUCUGGACAAUCUUCGAGCCAGGCACUCUCGUUUACGCGCGCGAAGAAGGCCAAGAUCGUGUCUUCAACAUGCUAUCAAGCAAAUAUGGCGUUGACAAGGAUGAUAAGCCGGUCUUUUCGCUCAAAAUCCGUUUCAUCGAUUUCGACGGCACUAAAUUCGGCUGGACGGUGGCCAGGAUCAACAUUCCCGAGUUCCAAGGCACUUGUCCGAUUGCCUCGCUUGCUGCAUAUCCUGUCGAGUACCAUAGUGAUGAGGCCAACCUGCUCAAGACGCUCAUCAAAAGAGGCUCUGCUGUCGAGUCGCUGGUCGGCACUCACUAUCGUGCUUACGAUGGUAUCGGUCACAAGCUCGACAUGUACGGCCAGAAGGAGCGCCAUAGCGUCAAGGGCAGAAUCAUCGUCGAUGCCGUCGGCUGGAAUCGCUACAUGCCUAACCAAGCCAUUUACACUUCAACCCUGGGUAGUAAAGGCACCGACAGAACGACUCACAACUCUCGUGCCUUGUUCCUCCCGACAUUUGGAGAGUCGCUCGAGGAAGGAAUUGGUGGAGGCAUGCCUCUCGAUGGUCAUUUUGGAGAAGGAGAUGAUCUCAAGAAGCUUCCGCCACUGACUGACGAGCAAAAGAUUCUCUGUACUCAUCUGAUUCGAGGCUACGCCUUGAAGGAGAAGAUGUGGCUCAACCUCUUUGUCGGUUCUGUGCAAGAUGUCUCUUUCAACAAGGAAGCUUUUGAUUCGCUAGUCUUGCCUGAAGACACAAAGGAACUCAUUCUUGGCUUUACCUGCACACAACAGGCGACGCGAAUUGCUUACGACGAUGUUAUCCAGGGGAAAGGUCGUGGUAUAAUACUGCUGCUAUGCGGACCUCCUGGAGUUGGCAAGACUCUUACUGCUGAAAGUGUGGCCGAGCAUAUGCAGGUUCCGCUCUUUGUGAUGUCUGCUGGAGAUUUGGGUAUGGACUCCAAGCACAUCGAGGCGCGUCUGCUCUCCGUUCUUGGUAUGUGUACACGCUGGAACGCCAUCUUGCUCUUGGACGAGGCCGAUAUCUUCCUGGAGGAGCGCAGUCGUCAUGAAGUCGAGCGCAAUAAGCUUGUCAGCAUUUUCCUGCGCGUGCUUGAAUACCAUGAGGGCAUCAUGUUCUUGACCACCAACCGCGUCUCCACCUUCGAUCCAGCCUUUCAAUCACGCAUCCAUAUCAGCAUCGACUACCCCGAGUUGUCGCCCGACAGCCGUCGCAAGAUCUGGGAAAACUUCCUCAGCCGCCACAACGAUGCCCAAGCUGCUGCCCGUCUCACACAGCCCAGAAAUCCUAUCUCCAAACAGGAGAUACGCCAGCUCUCGCUACUCAAGAUCAACGGUCGUCAGAUCAAGAACAUGCUCAAGACUGCUCAACUGUUGGCAAACCACAAAGCUGAGCCUCUCGCUCACAAGCAUAUUAAGACUGUGCUCGAUGCUACUCAGCAUCUUCACAAUGCAAACAAGGUUACUGAAGAUGCUCGCAGCAGCAUUUUCAACUAA